UUCUUUAGUUCUUCAAUUAUCAUCAUCAUGAGUCAGUGCACAGUACCAAAUUGGAAUCUAAGGCACCAACAAAGACAAGAACAAGUCCAAGGAGAAGAAGGAAUUAACAGAUCUUCUCACGUUCAACACAAUACUUCUUCUACUCAUCACCUUUCUCCCAUGUCCAACUAUGAAGUUGCAGAACUAAUAUGGCAGAAUGGCCAGCAAGCCAUGAAUGGGCUUGGUGGGCCUCCGACAAAGCCCACAUGGCUGGGUAGGUCCAGUGACACACUAGAGUCCAUAGUUCACCAAGCCACCACCACCACCACCACCACCUCCCACAAUCAAAAUCAAAAUCAAAAUUUACUCCCACAUCAUCAUGACCACCACAACAAUACCCCGGUUAAAAUGACCUCCAUGGUUGCUACUUCAGCCGGGAAGUGGCCUGAGAGCCCUGGCAAGGCUGCGGCGGUGCCGCGGGGGCUGCUGAAGAAACGUCCGCGGGUAGAUUCCGAUCAGUGUGGAAGAAAUUUUGUUAGUGUUAGUAUGCAAGAAGAUCAAAGGGUGUUAGAUAGAAGUGGUUGUCCAAGUGCUAGUGUAACAUUUUGUAGGGACAAUGACACAACUAUGAUGACCUGGCCUUCUUAUGAAUCUCCAAGGAGUUUGGGCUUCAAGGCAAAAACUAACGAUGAAGACUCUGCUUCUCAUGGUGGAUCGGAAAACCAAGAUGAAGAUCAUGACAACAAAACUGAAACAGGGCGAUCCCACUCAUCAAGACGAACCCGAGCCGCUACUGUUCACAAUCAGUCCGAGCGGAGACGAAGAGAUAGGAUCAAUCAAAAGAUGAAAGCCCUUCAAAGGCUAGUCCCUAAUGCAUGUAAGACCGAUAAAGCUUCAAUGUUGGAUGAGGUGAUAGACUACUUAAAAAACCUGCAAGCACAAGUUCGAAUGAUGAGUAGUAUGAGGAAUGUUAACAACAUGCCCCAAAUGAUGAUGCCUUUUGGAAUGCAGCAGCAUCUUCAAAUGUCUAUGCUAGCACGCAUGGCGGCUGCCGGCAUGGGAGCCGUUGGACUGGGGACGAUGGGCAUGGGAACAAUGCUUGACAUCAACUCUAUGGCUCGCGCCGCCGCUCCUCCACUGCUCCACCACCCUUCUACGGCGACUCCCGCCCCAUUUCUUCCCUCUCCCUUUAUCAUGCCCUCCAUGAUUCCGGCAGGCUCUCCAGCUCAAGCAAAUUCUUCAGACCCCAGUGAGACAAGUGCCCCAGUUUCUUUGCCUGAUCCCUAUUGCGCUUUGUUCGCACAGUCAAUGAAUAUGGAGUUGUACAAUAAGAUGGCAGCGCUUUACACGCAACAAGGCAAUCAGGGCGAUACAAAGGCGAUGAACUUUCCAUCGUCGGCGCAGCAGUCCAACCCUGUGCAAGGGGAUUGAAAAGAACAAGUCAUGGAAUAUAAUAGAGUCAGAAGAAAUCUUGAAGAUGGUACAAUUAAGCAUGGCCUUACUGCUCUAGAUUAUGAUCGACUUUGAAUAGUGUUUGUAUCCUAUAUUGACUGAUAAAUCUGUUGUGUAAAUUUGCGGCCUGCAAUGUAUUUGAUUUUUCUAUUACCAUAAACUUCGUUAUUUGUGAUCUUAAUCAUGCCUUUUCUACAAUUUUAGGACUAUUCCAA